AUGGUCAAUGUCAGGAUCAAAGAAAAUGUAUGGAUUUUCGUCAAGAAAUCUUGGAGGAUGUACGAAUCCUCACCACUUUUGGAUCCCCAAGCUGGUCUAACAAUUCGGAAGGCACGAGAAAACGGAGUACCACAUAAACGAUUAAGGAGAUUGAAGUUGGAGAAAUUGAAAUCAGAUGCGGACCAUCCAUUUCGCACAAAUUAUAUUAAAGCAAGAAUAAAAAAUUAUAGCGUCAAAAGUAUCGGUUGUGACGCAAAAAUGAAGGAAUCAUUAUUGAAUGUGCAAGCGCUGACGCGGUCAGAGGUACCGGCUGUGAAAAAUGAUAAGACCAUGAACUAG